CACCCCUGAUGCUUUACCUCCCCACCCCCUCCCCCCGCGCUACGCGACUCCUCUCCACUCGCUCCGUAGCUUGUGAGACUGAAGGCAGCCUCGGUGCGUGGAGGGAAAGACAGAGAGAGAGAGGAGAGAGCGAGGCUUUCCCAGAAUAGAGAAGCAGGAGGAGGUGAGAGGGAUGAUGAUGGAAGCCAGCUUUGACACUGAGGAGAGUUUUGACGAUCCCUCCUGUCUCGCCCCGCAGCCCCCCGGCUCGGUCUCCCCGGCCAAGAGGCAGAUCAAGGAGGUCAAGGAGACCAAGAUCACUAUCAACUGCGUGACUUUCCCUCUGCCUGGAGAAGGUCCGGAGCAGCAGCUCCUGAAGCCCAACGAAUGGAGCUACUGCGAUUACUUCUGGACCGACAAGAAAGACCCCCAGGGGACCACGUCGGUGGCGGGCUUCGAGGUUCUUCUGCAGAAGCAGCUGAAGGGCAAACAGAUGCAGAAAGAGAUGGCCGAGUUUAUCCACGAGAGGAUAAAGAUUGAAGAAGAAUAUGCCAAGAACCUCUCCAAGCUGUCUCUGAGCCCCCUGGCGUUACAGGAGGAAGGGACUCUCGGGGAAUCCUGGACUCAGCUGAAGAAGAGUCUUCAUGAUGAGGCUGAAGUUCACCUGAAGUUCUCCAACAAGCUCCACACUGAGGUAGAAAAACCCUUGCUGACGUUCAGGGGCGACAACUUCAAGAAGGACCUGAAAAAGUACGACCAUCACAUCGCCGAUCUCAGGAAGCAGCUGGCGAGUCGCUACGCAGGUGUGGAGAAGGCCCGUAAAGCCCUGGCGGACCGACAGAAGGAUCUGGAGGUGAAGACCCAGCAGCUGGAGAUCAAACUCAGCAACAAGACAGAGGAGGACAUAAAGAAGGCCCGGCGGAAAUCCACACAAGCAGGAGACGACCUGAUGCGCUGCGUGGAUCUGUACAACCAGACUCAGUCCAAGUGGUUUGAAGAAAUGGUCACCACCAGCAUGGAGCUGGAGAAACUGGAGGUUGAACGGAUCGAGUGGAUUCAGCAGCAUUUACGUCAGUACACGACUCUGCGGCACGAGACAGACAUGUUCAACCAGAGUAUGGUGGAACCAGUCGACCAGCUGCUGCAGAACGUGGAUCCGGCCAAAGACAGAGAGCUGUGGGUGAAGGAGAACAAAACCGGCGAGGUUCGACCUGUGGACAUGGACAUAUAGCCCGUCCUGACCUGGGAUGAGCCGUUCUGUCUUCAGUAUUAUAACAAAUCCACAGAGUCCCAGAACACUUGUAAUAACACUGAUCCAGGGACAGUGCAUGUUCAGACGACUGAGGUCUGCUCAUCCUCUCUCUGACUGGAAUAUCCGAGGAAAGGUUCAUACUUACCGCAGUCUCAGUGCAAGAAACAGUAAUGGAUCAAAGUACCAGCAUGUUCCUUCUAAAUUUUAACCCCAUCAUAAUCAACAUUAGCUUAUUGAAUGCCAUUUAACAUAUUCUGCUGUUUACCUGUUGUAAAGUUGACACUAUUAGAAAAAUUACAUGUAUUUUGAUGCGUUUAGUUGGAUCACUUUUCCAGUUUGAGUGAAUCAAACAAAAAAAAAAAGUCUGAUUAUUGAUAUUACCUUUAUUUUAGAUACGGAUAUUGAAGCAUAUUGAGAUCUUAGAAUGAAUAUGAUAUAUUUUCAUAUUUUGCUGGUUCAUUUUGGUGGAAAUGCAUGUUUUGAAUAUCUUGCUUUUACUGUAUAUGGAGAGCUGCACAGUUUGUGGAACCAUGGCGGUUGUUUUUGGUGUAGUUCACUGAAAUUACACAAAGUAUUUGGCAUCUUGUAAGUGACAGAAUCAAUUGAGGAGCUUUCUCACCAAAACACUGAGAAUUUACAUGUACAGCGUUAAUAUCUAGUAACCUCAAUUGUUUAAAAGAAAACACACACACACACGCAGUGCUUUGGAAUGUGAAUUCAUUAUGCUCGCCACAAGUCCCAACACGUGGUCGAUCGGAUUUAGGCCAGGGUCUAUUUUGGAUCAGUCCGGAGGAAAAAGGUGGUCCAAGUUACACUGAAACACCCUUUAGUGCCUAACGGUUAUAUACCUGGAAUGUCCUUGACAUAUUCUACUCUGCAGAAGUGUACAUUUGUACAUACAGGCUAGAUGUAUUUUGCUGUCAAAUGUUUAACAGGUCCCAGAUCUUUGGGCCGAUGAGGUGUUUGUACUGUACAAUGUUGUUUGUUUUAUUUUUGGUAAAUGUACAGAGAGUAUCUUCACGUUGGUGUUUGGUAAAAGAGGGUAACAUGCAGCAGAUUACAUAUUCCAGAAGAGAAGAUGAGGUGUGUGGUACGGAUUGAUCUGGCCUGGAUGUUAUUGAUCGGUCCGGUGGAGCUAAAGCCAGUAGACUCGUCCCGGUUGCACAAAAACAAAUGAAACGCGUGUUAUCAGAGACUGCAUGUACGGUAUGUGUCUGUGUUUACAUGUAUGUGUCUGUCUUUGUCUUUACAUUUGGUUGUGGUCUAUCUGUUCUGGAUUUGUUUGGGUUAUUAUGUUCAUGUGGCCGUUCUUGUUUUCAAUUUCUCAAAAGCACGAAGCCGAUCACAUAACAAAGAUCCCAGAUGUAAUCCUAAUCCGGCUGCCAAGCACAAGAAAAGAACUGCUCUAAAAAACAUUCACGCUUUCCUGCUUUAUCACCAAAAGUGAUAAUGUGUAAAGUGCAUUCCAUUUUUUUUCAAUUGUGAAUGGAUUCAGCACAUUCAGACUUUGCUUUAAACCCAAAAGGCGUCACCGCAGGUUUAAAUAGCAUAUCUGUUGUAGAGGUUUUAUCAGUGUGUGUCAAUGUUGUGCACUAAAUGUAACGAGUUAUUAUGUUCCAACUAAAUGUUCUUGACGAGAAUCGACGGUUUCAUGACGUAACAGUUGAGUUUACUGUCCUUCUGUGAUUAACAUUUCAUAACGUGCAUUCAAUCCGAUGUUCCCGAUGUUUUGAGAAUGUUUGAUCAUAGGUGACCUCUGUCCAGACGGUGUACUGUGGAAUGCAGUGUC